AUGCCUGACAUCAACAUACUGCCUGAGCGCCUCUUUAUUGUGGGAACAAUAUUGGUUCUACCGAUAUAUCUCUUUUUAGUUCGAAGCCUUCGCUUUCGGCGCGCCCGUAAGAUUGAGUCGAAAUUCAACGGACGCCCGCUGUCCACCAUGACUGUGAGAGAAGCCCAUGAGAUCUUCCGCGAACUGCGUGAACUUGAAUUUCCGUACACGCUCCACAGCGCAAUGAAGCUUUCGCUGCUGAAGACUGCGGCCAUUCCAACUAUGGCCAAACUCUUUGUUGCAACUCGCCAGCUCAACGAGAAGAAUGCUUCUAAGCGGGCAGCAGAUACUGAAGUUAUUCUCAACGAAGUCCACGACCGGGAACCAGGAUCUGACUCUCAUCUUAUGGGAAUUGCACGCAUGAAUUACUUGCAUGCCCGGUAUCGAAAGGCAGGCAAAAUUCUGGAUGAAGACAUGCUGCACACCCUCGGUUCCGCUGUUGUGGAUAUCAUCCAAGGCGUUGACAGGAAUGAGUGGCGCCGCCUAAGUGAUGUUGAGAGAUGCGCUAUCGGUGUGUUUCAUAGGGCAUUAGGAGAUGCCAUGGAAAUCCCAUUCAGUUUCCUUCCCUCGCACAAAACUGGCUGGAGGGAUGGCAUUCAUUUUUCUCAGGAAUUCUAUGAAUGGACGCUGGCCUAUGAGAAAGUGGCAGCCCAACCAACUGAUUCGACACGAUAUAUUGGCCGGAGACUGAUGGAACUCGCCAAAUGCAAUAUACCAGCAUCACUUAAGCCACUCGUUGAGAGCAUUGUCAUCACAAAACUGGAGGAGGAGACCCGCAUAAGCAUGGGUUUCGAGAAGCCAGGUCCUCUGGUUACUGCACUUGCCCGGAGCAUAUUAACAGCGCGCAAAUUCAUCCUACGUUACCUUGCCUUGCCGAGACCGGAUUCUAAGAGAGUCCGAGUAUUGAACGAGUCUCCAGACCCAUCCACGGGGCUGUAUACGUGGAACAUAUGGAUCGAGCAUCCUUGGUAUAUCAAACCUACUUAUAAGAACAGGUGGGGUUUAAAAGCUCUCUUUGUCCGGAUUUUCGGGAAUGGCGCUCUUCCUUCGGAAAAUGACUUCUACAAAGAGUCGGGAUAUGAUUUGCGCGCUAUUGGUCCAGCAGCGCAGGAGAAGAGGGGACAGGAUGAAAUGGAGGCUAUAUUUCAAAAUUUGAAAGAAACAGGCUAUGCCUCUGGCUGCCCUUUCCAUGCUUAG